AUGCCCCCGCACCCCGACCCCAGGCGGCUCUCCGCCGUGGGCAUGCCCGCGGGCACGUCCGCAGGCGCGAGGCGCGCCGCGCACUCGAGCGCGGACCACGCGGCCCCGCGCUGGCCCCCGCUCGCGCGCCCUGGCGCCGCGCGAAGGCGCGCCCACCGCCUGUCGCGCGACAUGCACAAGCGCACCUUCUUCGGCGUGGGCGAGAUCGUCCGCGUCGUCACCAACCCCGCAGAGACCCUGCGCUCGCUCACCGAGUCCCGCCGCAUGCUCGAAGACGCGCGGCGCGAGAUUGAGGAAAACAGGGAGCGCGCGCAGCUCCGCCCAUCGCACACGUUCUCGUGCCUCCCGGGCUUCUUCCCGCGCCCCGCCGAGCUGCAAGCCGUCGGCCGCACGCUCGAAGAGGAACCGUGCUUCACCGUGCUCUUCGGCGCGAGCUCCGUCGGGAAGACGGCGCUCCUGCGCCAGCUGCUCAGCGCGGACAAGUACCACGUGCUGCACUUCGACCUGCGCAUCGCGGGCUUUGCGGACCUCGACAGCCUCUACAUGAGCCUCAGCCAGCAGAUGGAGCAGUUCUUCGCGGCCAUCGCGCGCGUGCGCUGCUUUGAGGACUUUGAGAAGGAGGCGUGGGGCUUCAAGCACGAUCGGCUCCACGUCGAGCGGCGGAUCGCAGAGUCGUCCACCGGCGCGGGGCAGAUCCGCACGAGCGAUAUCGCCCGGCUCAUGGAGCUCUUCCAGAGCUCUCUCCUGAAAUACCGCGAAUUCGAACCCGGCGCGCCCUCGGACGACGCCAGGUCCGCCGCGUCGAGCAACCGCAACAGCGCCGCCGGCGGGGAGCCCGCCGUGGCGCGCCCCAUCUCGCAGCAGGGCAAGGCGGGCAGGUUCAAGUGGUUCCGCCGGGGCGCCGCCAACGCCGCCGCCGCCACAGCCGAGCAGAAGCCCCGGCGCGAGGGCAGGAGCGGGAGCGCGGCGGAGGAGCGCCCGGCGAAGAAGAUGCCGGUGUUUUUCUUGGACGAGGCGCAUAAGCUGCCGGGGCUGAUACAGUCUAUCGACGCGAUGAAGUCUCUCCUCGAUUCGAUGCUCGUGCUCACGAAACAGGAUCGGUUGUGUCAUGUUAUUCAUUCUACGAGCGAUCCCUUCUACCAGACGUGGCUGCGGCAGCUCAACGUCAUGCAGCACUGCAAAAUCAUCACCAUAGGCGACUGCUCGAAGGUGGAGACACAAAGCUUCUUCAGGGAGCGGCUCGUCCCGCGGAUCCCGCCCGAGUAUCGGCCGCUGGUGGAUUUCGAGCGGCUGUAUGAGGUGUUUGGGGGGCGGUUGGUCCACUGGCAGGAUUAUAUCACGGACUUUGUCAAUUCCAACGGGCAGCUCGAAGUGCACGACAGCUCGCACUUCAUCCAGGCACACGCGCUCUUGAACCUGCACAUCAUCCACUCCGCGCAGGCACCCGAGCACCCAGACCCGAACAAGCCCCCGACCGCGCCCCCCGAGCCCGGCGCCCCCAACGGGUCUGCGAACCCCGCCCCAGGCGGCGGCGGCGGCGGCGGCGCGCGCGGCUUCUCGAUCUACUCCCCGCUCACGGGCCCGCCGCGCAACCCGCACGCGCUCGCGCACGCAUCGGGCGCGCCCGCGGAGCCGGGCUACACGUCGGACUUCACCGCGCUGCAGCUGCUGCGCGUCAUGAGCCGGCUCACGCAGCCCGGCGUGCGCGCGCUGUCGUAUUUCAUGCUGUGCCGGGAGUUCGGGGUGCGCGCGGUGGACGGCAUGGUCAAGGGCCGUAUUUUGGACUUGCGGUGGAUGGACCCCGUGACGCGGGAGGGCGGGGAGUCCGCGCGCGAUUACCGCCCGGGCGCGAUGGGCGCGUCGUAUGUCGGCGGGGGUGUAGGCGGAGGUACCGCGCCGCCGCCCGGGGCGCGGGAGCGGCCGCGGAGCCUCGGGGUGCACCUGGGGGCGUCGAGCAGCGGGACGGCGAUCGUGGCGGAGUCGGUCGAGGAGGACAUGGUGGCGAUCUCGGAGCGGGAGGCGGCGCUGCGCGGGGAGCUGUUCGACGACGGCGUGGACGAGAUCUUCGGGCCCAAGGUGGUGCCCGCGACGCCGAUCAUGCGGUUUGCGAUGCGCGAGGUCGUGGCGGAGUAUCAGGAUACGGGGUCCGUGUCGGAGUACGCGUCGUUGGCGGAUAUGGACGAGUAUUGA